AUGGCACUCAAACUCGGAUCGUUCGUCGAAAGCCUGUGUCGCGACCCCCCCUAUGGUAUGGACGAACUGCGCGCCCGCGCCACUGGCUACAUUCAAAUGGAGGAGCACGCGGCCUUCCGCGACCAGGUUCGUGGUAAGGGCCCCGCCAAACCAGAACAGGGCCACAAAGACAAGGUUAAAGUCAACAACGACAGCCAAUUCAAGAAGUCGGCCAGGACAAACAGAGCCGGGAGGUACGACUUCUACACCCCUCUGAAUGCCCCAAGAGUCCACAUUCUGGAGGAAGCCAGUAACAGCAACCUGCUAGACCUCCCACCACCCGGCCACACACCAAACAGUGCUAACAAGUCCAAACACUAUCGGUAUCACAGAAACUAUGGCCAUACCACAAACGAGUGGCGCACACUCCGGGACCGCAUCGAGGAACUCAUCCAGGCAGGCCACCCCGGCCACUACAUCCACCGACAGCCAGGCUCCCGAGGUGGCCCCGGAGGCCGGGGACGCGGGAGAGGCCGCGGAUCAGGAGCUCGCACGGACCUACCCACAGGACCUCAGCAAAACGCCAAUGGCGCAGUACAGGCUGAAAUAAGCCAGGAGACCAAACCAACCCCCCUGCGAGGAAUAAUCAACACAAUUGCAGGCGGCUUCGCCGGAGGAGGUGCCAGCAGCUCAGCCCGAAAAAGACACCUCCGUAGUAUCAACUGCGCCCUUUCCACUGCCUCGAUCUCCUACAAGAGCUCACCACCAAUCUCUUUCUCCAACGAGGACUACGCGGGGAUCAGCCCUAACCAAGAUGACCCCAUGGUCAUCGGGGUAGAAAUCGCAAACUGGGAAGUCCAAAAGACACUCAUCGACCAAGGGAGCUCGGUCGACGUCCUGUACUGGCCAACAUUCCUCAGGCUCGACGUCCCCCAUUCUCUAAUCCAGCCACACACCGCGCCUCUAGUCGGCUUUGCCGGCGAACGGGCAUUAGAUGUGGGCCGAAACAGCCCGUUCUGGAUUCGGAACGGCCCAUUCCGAAUCCGAAUGUUAUGUGUAAAUUUUGAACCCUAG